UGGUCUUAGCUCUGUAUAUUCGCACGUUUCAUUGGGUUUUGUUGGAAGUAAUAUUAUUGUCUGAUUUUACAUUGUUUGAAGGCGGGACAGUCAAGAAGGUAAUAAGACACGAGACCCAAGACAGAAAAAAACUAAGAAACGGGCGGAAGCGGUUGAAGAAUGGAGUGUAGGCGAAUUCAAAACAAGGGAAAUUAUCGAUGAACUUCUGCAGAUGCAAGACAGAAAGGAAGCAGUUUUGUGUGUGAUAGAGCUGCAGUGUCCAAGCAUGAUGGAUACAUUUGUACAGACUGCAAUAAACCAUGUGCUUGAACGGUCGCGCCCAGCUAGACACCAGACCGGGGCUUUCCUCCACGAUCUCAUCAGAGCAAAUGUGAUAAAUCUAGAUGCUUACUUAAAAGGUUUGACUAAAAUUCUGCAGUUUGCUGAAGAUCUGGAAAUUGAUAUUCCCAGGAUAUGGAAAUAUUUAGGAGAGCUUAUUGGGCCAAUGGUGCAGGAUGGAAGUGUUCCUUUGAGCUUCUUGCAGCAAGCUUGCAAACCUCUGAUAAAGAACAAUAAAGCUGGCAUCUUGGUUGCUGAAAUCUUGCAUGAUGCCAGGCAAGACCUGGGUCACAAGAUUGUAGGAGAUUUGUGGCGGUCAUCUGGUCUUCAGUGGUCAGAUUUUGUUCCACAUCAAGAAGUUGAGCAGUUCUUGAAAUAUAAGGACUUGGAGUUUACAGUGGAUCCAUCUUCCCAGCCUAGGGCACUCACAGUUGACAACAUCUGUGAUGGACAGCUCACAAAAUCUGAGCCACAGGCAGCCAAUGUCAUGGUACAGCAACAACAAAUGAUGGGGGUGUCAACAGAGCAAGAAGAAAUAAAACUGCACAAAUCUGAUGCACCAUGGCAACCCAGUCACAAGAAAGAAACAAAAAGUGGUGAAGAAGGAAAGACAGAGAUGCUGAAUAAGAAGCUGAAGAGUAUUCUAAACAAGCUUACACCACAGAAGUUCCAGACACUUCUACAACAGAUGCAUGGACUUACAAUUGAUACAGAGGAGAGGCUCAAGGGAGUUACUGAUCUUAUAUUUGAACACGCAAUUAGUCAACCUGGUUUUAGUGUGGCAUAUGCAAAUAUGUGCAAAUAUUUAUUAAUGUUGAAAGUGCCAUCUGAAAGCAAACCAGGUGAAUCUGUAAAUUUCCGUGUGAUACUGCUGACGAGAUGUCAGAGAGAAUUUGAGCGAGACCAAGAUGACCAAGUUAUUCUUGACAAGAAGAGGAAAGAGCUUGAUAAAGCAGAGUCUGAAGAGAAAAAGGCACAGCUAAAAGAAGAAUUGGAAUUCGAAUCAAGAGAAGCUAGGAGAAGGUCUAUAGGAAAUAUUAGGUUUGUUGGUGAAUUAUUUAAAUUAAAAAUGCUGACUGAAAAUAUUAUGCACGACUGUGUCUUUAAACUGCUACGAUCUCGAGAUGAGGAAAAUCUAGAGUGUUUAUGUCGACUUCUCACAACAAUAGAAAAAGAAUUGGAAUCGGAAAAGGUCAAGCCAAGGAUGGAUCAGUAUUUCUCACAGAUGUCAAAAAUUGUAGCAGAGAAGAAAGUCUCAUCCCGAUGCAGAUUCAUGUUACAAGAUGUCAUUGAAUUGAGAGGAAACCGGUGGGUGCCAAGAAGAGAUGAAAAUAGACCAAAAACAAUCGAGCAGAUACACCGAGAGGCUAAACAAGAAGAGAUUCAGCGCCAUAUGAUUUCACAGAUUAAUGCCCAACAACUAAUGAAGCGAAAUAGACCACCCCGUGGACCAUCUCAAGGGGGCCAGGGAGGAAUGGGAGAGGAUGGCUGGAACACUGUCAGCAGCAAGGCCGGCAUGAGAAAGAUUGAACAUAACAUUGACGUGUCCAAGCUUAGAAUUAACAAAAGUUCUGAUGACAACAUUCAGCUUGGUGCCGGUGGUGGAUCAAGGUUUGGUGGGUGGGGUCGUGGUGGUGGUAGUAGGCCAUCACAGAGACCCAAUACUCCAGACAGAUAUGCGGCUUUGAAAGGACGACCUGGUGGACAUGGGUCUCAGGAACUGGAGAGAGAGCGAGCAAUUGCCAGUGCCAGAACAAUUGUGAGUGGGAGAUCAACCCCUCCAUCUGCACCAGCGAGCCGAGAAGGCAGUCGAACACGAGAACCCAGACAGAAAGAAACCGAGAAGCCGGCGGAAGUGGUUAAAGAAUGGACUGUGGAAGAAAUGGAACUCAAAACAAGGGCAAUUAUCAAUGAAUAUUUGCAUAUACAAGACAAAAAGGAAGCAGUUUUGUGUGUGACAGAGUUGCGAUGUCCAAGCAUGAUACAUAUAUUUGUACAGACUGCAAUAAACCAUGUGCUUGAACGUUCGAAACCAGCUAGACGCCAGACCGGGGCUUUCCUCCACGAUCUCAUCAGACAAAAUGUGUUAAGUGUCGAUACUUACUUAAAAGGUUUGACUGAAAUUCUGCAGUUUGCUAAAGAUGUGGAAACUGAUAUUCCCAAGAUAUGGAAAUAUUUAGGAGAGCUUAUUGGGCCAAUGGUGCGGGAUGGAAGUGUUCCUUUGAGCUUCUUGCAGCAAGCUUGCAAACCUCUGAUAAAGAAUAAUAAAGCUGGCAUCUUGGUCUGUGAAAUCUUGCAUGAUGCCAGUCAAGAACUGGGUCACAAGAUUGUAGGAGAUUUGUGGCGGUCAUCUGGUCUUCAGUGGUCAGAUUUUGUUCCACAUCAAGAAGUUGAGCAGUUCUUGAAAGAUAAGAACUUGGAGUUUACAGUAGAUCCAUCUUCCCAGCCUAGCACGCCUACAAGCAAAGUUUCAUUUGACAAGAUCUGUGACGACUUGAAAGAACAGCUCACGCAAUCUCACUGUGAUAAUGAAAAUGUAUUUGACUGGAUUGAGGCAAAUGUGUCUGAGGAAACCACUAAAGAUCCUCGAUUCAUCCGAGCCUUGAUGACGGCUGUAUGUUCCAAUGCUAUAUCUGUUUUUGGUAACAUGGCCAUGGUUGACCGCAGAAGCAUUAGGUCACGGCGAACCUUGUUACAGAAAUACCUGGAACACAAAGCUCUGCAUGAGCUGCAAGCUCUGUAUGCUCUCCAGUGUCUCGUCUUCAAGUUGGAUAAUCCACCCAGAGCCCUGCGGACAUUUUUUGACACAUUGUACGAUGAAGAAAUUAUAUCAGAAGAUGCAUUUAACCAGUGGAAAAACAGUAAUGAUCCCGCAGAAGUGGAUGGCAAAGGUGUCGCUCUUAAACAAGUCGUGCAGUUCUUUGCCUGGCUUCGUGAAGGCUAAGAGGACAAAAACGACAGUUGAUUCUUGGAGUUGUGUAGAAAACCUCAUUAACUGUAUAAAUGUGUACAUGUUUUUUUUUUCAUGUUGCCGUUGUGAUACAAUGCAUGAUAAUACAGGCUGGGCUUUUUUGACAGGGUUGCGUUUUUAGUCACUUUGUGGCAAAACUUUUAAUUGUCACAUUUCGAGGGAACACCCCUUUAAAAAGGACCCGUUGUAUGUGGAUGUGCCCUAGAGGAACGAGCUGAUGGAUCGAAUGUGUUUUGUGUAUAAAUGAUCUUUUUGUAAUUGGGAAUUUAUAAUAUUUGAAAUGCAUAUUAUGACAUUACGUAUGCUGA